GAAGCUGCAGGCAACUUCAUGGUCCCACCCUCAUCAAGCUCUCCAGAUUUCUCACGUCUUAUACUAAGAGAGCUUCGCUUUGUAAAGAAGCAACUGAAAACAAUAACCAAAAAGCUGUUGGAAAGAGAAGAACCUUGCGAGCCAGCUGAAGAAGCCUGUAUUUCACUACCAUUGAAAACAGAUGCAGAUGUUGAUGAAAUUGAGGAAAAGCUGAAAGCAAGCCAGGAGUUCUGCCUGCAACUGGCCCGGCAGCUUGCUGGUAUUGGGGGCAACACCCCUCGUACUGCCACUGCUCGCAUCCUUGCAAAGUUGUUUGAAGACUCACAGGGGCAGAAAUAUAGCCUCUAUGGACAGAAGGGGAAGCGUGUGUUUGCUACAAUGGAGUUGUUCAGUGUGCUUCAGAAAGCAGUCAGACUGAUAAAAGGCCUGAGUGGUGCAACGCUUGAAGAAAUUGAAGCAGGAGCCAAGGGUUGGCUGAAGAACUGCCGAGCACGCGUAAAUAGCGCCACAAAAAGGAAGCUUCCACGAGUCUGAGAGUUAAGAAACUUCCAUGAGUCAGCCGGAAACUUCCUCAAGUCAUCUGGAUUGCAAGCCAUUAUUUCAUUUCUUAUUGUUUUAAAACUAAUAAGCAGUGCAUUGAAAGCUUCAAUUAUAUUUACGUACCUAUUUUACUAAUAAACAUGUUUUUACAGUUCUU